AUGGCAGUAGACAAGGCUGAUCUCGAUCCCGUGGAAGGCUUCACGCAUCAUGCCGAAGAUAUCACGGCGGACAGGGAGCCGUAUGGCCCCCCGGGAUUGCGGGGUCUAAUCAGCAACCCAUUCGUUUUGAUGUGUGCUGCCUGUUCGACAUUGGGUGGUCUCGUCUUUGGCUAUGAUCAGGGUGUGGUGUCGGUCAUUCUGGUGAUGGACCAGUUCUUGGAGGAAUUCCCGCGGGUCGGGGGCUCCGGUGCUGGUUUCUGGAAGGGACUUUUGACCGCGAUGAUUGAGUUGGGUGCACUGCUGGGUGCUCUGAAUCAGGGAUGGAUCGCCGACAAGAUCUCCCGUCGAUACUCUAUCGUGGUGGCUGUCGUCAUCUUCACAAUUGGCUCGAUUCUCCAGACUGCCGCAUUUGGAUACCCGAUGCUGGUCGUGGCUCGAUUGAUUGGAGGUUUGGGGAUUGGUAUGCUGUCCAUGGUGGCUCCCCUCUAUAUCAGUGAAAUCAGUCCCCCAGAAUGUCGUGGAACGUUACUUGUUCUCGAAGAAUUCUGCAUCGUGCUUGGCAUCGUGAUUGCCUACUGGAUCACUUUUGGAACACGGUACAUGGCCGGCGAAUGGGCCUGGCGUCUACCCUUCCUCUUACAGAUGCUCCCCGGCUUCAUCCUUGCAGCCGGUGUUAUCAUCCUCCCGUUCUCACCACGAUGGCUCGCCUCAAAAGGUCGUAACGAGGAAGCCCUCCAAAGCCUGUCUAAACUGCGCAACCUGCCAACCUCCGACAGGCGUGUGCGCCAAGAGUACAUGGACAUCCUAGUCGAGGUCCGCUUCCAUCAGGAAAUGAAUGCGGAAAAGCAUCCGGACCUGCAAGGUGGCGGCCCCAAGAACUCAAUCCUGUUGGAGAUGGCCUCUUGGGCUGAUGUCUUCAAGAGGGGUUGUUGGCGCCGUACGCAUAUCGGUGUUGGUAUCAUGUUCUUCCAGCAGUUUGUUGGAAUUAAUGCAUUGAUCUAUUACUCGCCCAGUUUGUUCAAGACUAUGGGUUUUGAUACCAACAUGCAGCUUAUCAUGUCUGGAGUUUUGAACGUGCUGCAGUUGGUGGGCGUGACGACUAGUGUCUGGACUAUGGAUACUUUGGGUCGUCGGAAGCUCUUGCUAUGCGGCUCUGUUCUAAUGGCCAUUUCACACAUUGUCAUUGCUAUUCUAGUUGGUCGAUUUGGCCCUAACUGGGAAGGGCAUCGGACAGAAGGAUGGGUCAGCGCAGCCUUUCUACUCUUUUACAUGGUUGCUUUCGGAGCCACAUGGGGUCCCGUUCCAUGGGCAGUGCCAUCUGAAAUCUUCCCAUCCUCCCUCCGCGCCAAGGGUGUCGCCAUUUCUACUUGUUCUAACUGGCUCAACAACUUCAUCAUCGGCCUCAUCACCCCACCUUUGGUUGAAGACACGGGCUACGGUGCCUACGUAUUCUUCGCUGUAUUCUGUGUGCUCUCGGGUGUUUGGACCUUCUUCUUCAUGCCGGAGACUAUGGGUCGCACACUCGAGCAGAUGGACCAUGUCUUCAAGGAUAACUCUAACGAGAAUGAGCGGGAACGCAGACAUGCUAUCGAGGCUAGUGUAUUGGCUGAACGGGAAUAUGCUUGA